CGUCCCAAGAUACCUCCACCAUUAGAGAGUUUCAAACUUCAAAGUUAGCGGUUGCGAACACGGGACAAGAUACAGUGUAGUACAGUUAAUUCUGACUAGCAAGAGAAAUCUUUCGUCGGUUGUAUGUCCCCUUCAGGUCUCUGUGAUAAAAAAAAUAGAGAAGAGAAAUAAAGAUUGACAAAGAGUGUCGUGGUAUAACUAGAGACUUGUCAAGAUGUGCCUCUCACAGGCAGGCCUCAAGGCCUUUCUUCUAGUUCUCAAUGUUCUCUUCUUCCUAUGUGGUGGUAUAGUGAUGGGGAUAGGUAUCUGGGCUGUGGCAGACAAGAUUUAUAUCUCAGACGUGAUUGGGAGCUCCUUGUUCAAAUCUGCGGCCAUAUUGAUGGUCAUUUGUGGUGUAUUUCUCGUCCUUCUCUCAUUCCUCGGAUGUGCAGGAGCCCUCGCUCAGAAAAAAAUCAUCGUCAUUGUGUACGUUAUUUCGCUAGCUAUUGUGUUCAUUGUGUUGAUGUCUGCUGCCAUUGUUGCUGCAGUGUUCCAAGAUGAUAUUGAAUCAGGAAUGAAAGAAAAAAUGAGAAGAGGCAUCAGGGAACAAUACGGCUACAACACAGCAUAUGUUGACGAAAAUCGAGACUUGACGGAAUCGUGGGAUCUUGUUCAGACCAGGUUGACAUGUUGUGCUGUAGACGACCAAGGCUGGGGACUGUAUCAACAGUCAAGAUGGUUUCAGCAACAGUUCAACGAGUAUGAUAGAAAGUUUGUGCCACCAAGUUGCUGUAUAUAUGAAGGUCGUCUAGAUCAGUAUGUAAACCUGUUUACAUGCCAGGCAUUUGCGGGUGGUCCGCCAAGGUUCGGUGGCGGUGGUUUCAAUAAUGCUCUCCAUUAUCAGGGAUGUUACACGGCAGCUAGAGACUUUAUUUCCAAGCAGGCAGAUAUCAUAUUGGGUAUUGGCUUCUCCUUCUGCGUCUUCUUGAUUGCAGGGAUAGUCGUUGGAAUCAUGUUCAUCCGUAAACUAUCUGACGAGGGCUCUGCCGACUUCAGAUGAUGAGCCACAUCAGGGGAGAGAAUCAAUCUUAGUAUUUUAUUAAGUGCAACGGCCAUGGCAGUGUAAUAGCAUCUCAUUAUUGUAAAAUUAGUGGACACUAUGACAUUUAUUCAUGUAAAUUUACCCUUUUAGGACAUUUACAACAUUUAUUCAUGUAAAUUUACCCUUUUAGGACAUUUACAACAUUUAUUCAUGUAAAUUUACUCUUUUAGGACAUUUACAACAUUUAUUCAUGUAAAUUUAUUCUUUUAUAAGAUAUAACAUCCUGAAUAGAUACUGUUAAAUGUUGUUUUUAGGGCACAUUUGGAAUGUCAGGCAUGGAGGAUUUUGACUUCGUUUCAUGAUCUAAGACCAGUGUAAAUGUUUCUUUUUACAGGAUAAUACAUAAAAUAUGCCAGUAUUUGCACACUGUUUCUCCUGUUCCAUCAAAGGUCUUAUAAAACAUUUUUGUACAUUUUUAUGCACCUUGUGUCAAAGGUGCAAAAGGCAUAUAAUUAUGGUGUUUGAACUGUCAGACUUAUUUCUUUGUUGUUAUGAAUAAAGUGCUGUUCUGUUCUGUUCUGUUCAUUCCAUCUGUCACACUUUCUUGUGUCUUCCACUCAUCUUACAGUUUCAAACAAAAUUCAGAUGACACUUGCACUGUUCAUGCUCACCAACUGGCAUAUUAUCAGGACUUUCAGUUUUGAUAUUUUUUUUAGUUAUUCCCCCUUUUUGGACUUUUAGCUCUGUUUUGGAUCAAAGUUAAGUAAAUUCAUAUUUAUAAGGAGACAAACGUCUAUGGUCAGUUGUAUUUAUUUGGGUUUCAGAAAUGGAGAUAUUAUAUUAUUUAAUUAAAAAAUUUUCUUUUUCAACUUUAUUAUCUAUGAGAUAGGGCAUGUAUUGUAAAGCAUGGAGUAGGUUCUGUGAUAAAAGUAGCGAAAUUACAAGAAAUCUAUGUUAGUCCUCCUGCUGAUAAGGUAAUGAACUAUUCUAUCCUAUGUAAUGGAAUGAUUCAUUUCAAGUUUUAGGAAAGGACAAGUAUAGGAGUGAAAAUUUUUUGCCAUCAUUCCGACUUUAUCUAGUCAUUACAACCUACCAAAAAAAAGAAAAUAUGAACUGUCAGAGGGGGUUAAAGUUCUUCUUGUAAUACUUGUUAGAUGUGAAAGAUCUCAGCAUAAAAUUUAAUAUUGAACUCAAAUUGUUUUUUUUUGUGUUAAAAUGCUUCAAAAAAUGUCAGUCAUUGACUGUGUAGUGCUGUAUUAAUGCUUGUAGACACAUUUGCUUCAAAUACUCUAUUGUAAGUUUAAUAGUCUACAUGUAUACCUUGAACUAAGUCUUGUGCUAAUGAUGGUAAAUAUUAACAGUAAAUAUUAUGUAUGUUAAAAAAGAAUGUGCAAGUAAUGGUCGAGGUAAAAUUUUAAUCUACUCUUUACUCAUGGUUUUAUGACUAGUCGUAGAACUGAAGUAUUUGAUUGGCAGAUUCUUAGCACAGUCUUGAAAUUGCCCAAUGACAUUGUUGCUUUUUAGACUGGUCUGCAAUUCUAAACUGGUCUCCAAAUAUUAGACUGGCCUCCAAAUUUUAGACUGGUCUUCAAAUUUUAGACUGGUCUCCAAAUUUUAGACUGGUCUUCAAAUUUUAGACUGGUCUCCAAAUUUUAGACUGGUCUUCAAACUUUAGACUGGUCUUCAAGCCCAAUUUUGUAACAUCAAAACCUGACUCAACUAUGGAAUGUGCAGAUAUAUAAAUGUAAAGUGCAACGAAUUUAGCUCGACAGGUUGAUGUAUUCGUUUACUUAAUCGGUAUAUUGUAACAUGUAAACACUCAUCAGUUAGGUCAUUUUCGGUAAUUGUCAUCAAUUUGUAUUCUAUCAAAUUUUAUAGUGGUGUUAUGCCAAUUUAACAUAUUCCCUUAUUAAUGCACCAGGGGCAAAAGAAGACAUUUGUAAAGGCUCUAAAAAUGGAAUAUUUUUUUCAUUUUUUUAGUAAAAAUAAACUAUAAAUGCAACCUAUCAUGAAGGAAUUUUAACAGUUUUAGCUCUACCAUACCGCUGGUAUUCACUUAUGGCCUAGAUUAACUUAAAAGUUUUUUUGUUGUGUUUUUAAAGUUGAAGGGGGCGUGUCUAUUAGGGGAAGGGCAUUAAUUAGAGAAUAUAUGACAUUUUUAUUCAAUUUUUAGAGUUAAUUUUUCAUUUAUUAUCAUUUUCACAGAGCAAUAAAUUUUUAAAAAUCUGCAGUUAUACAGAUAAUGCCAGCCAUUAAAUGACUGAAAUACUGUUGAAAAAAAAUGGCAAUAAACCCAAAGUUGUACAUAACCCCUCUGAAUUGGAAACCCAAGCAAAACUUAUCUUUACCUUUAGACCUGAAGGUUUUCAAUAUGUAGGGGCUCCACUGAAUAAGAAUGAGAAAGGAAAAAUUAUUUUCAGUAUUCAGAGGUUGUGACGUCCCCGUUAUUCAGGAAUAACAGUGUUGUAAUGCUUUAACUGUUGUGAAAAAUAGUUGAUUUUUUUUACACUUGCCAUGCAAAUUUAUGUCACCUAGAUUAGUCAUAUGUGUUGAGGUGUUACUAGGUGUUUUGAUGUCAGUGUUUACAGUAGUUGUGUAAGUUUUGUGUAACUUUGUAUUCUGAAUACAUGUAACGUUCUUAAAUUUUUAUACAUUUAUGUUACGUGUAUGUUAGUUAAUAGAUUCUUUGAUCAGGCUGUCAUUAUAUUUUGUCAUAGGCUAAUGAUUUUUGCGUUUGCUCUGUCAGUUAGAAAAAUGAAAUAUUUACUUUCUUUUGAUUAAUUUUUCUGUGUACCGUAUCAGUGAGACACAUUUGAUUCCUUUAGCUUGCAUGACUAAUUUUUUCUUGUGAGACAUAUACUUGAUUUGUAUACUUUGAAAUAAGGUGAAAGCUUUAAAACAUAUAAUAUGCAAAAUAGUAAUGGAACAGAAAAGAAAACAUUAUUACAGUGUAUUUGUAAUUUAAAGGUAUGGUGUUUGAAUCUCAGGUUUUUUAUUUGUGAUUAGUUGUGAAAUAGAAUUUUUAGACCUAUAUUUUUUUAGAAUUCAAUGGAUUUCAAGAAUUUGUACAUAAGAAUGAUUUUAAAAGUCAGUAUUUUAAUAUACAUGUGCUUAAUUUUUAUCUUAUUAUUGACAGACGUGCCAUUUCUAGAUUUUCUUAGUAGAAUUUUAUGGUCUAUGAACUGUCAUCUAGAUACUUGAUUUUCCGAAGACUGAUUCAUAUUUUACUCCAAUUCAUAUAAUUGAUUUAUUAAUAAACAUUGGUGUUGUUGUUUUUAGUCUUGCUUUGUAAGCUGUAUCUCAUGUCUUCUGAUUGCUUUCAUUGUUUCUAUAUGUGUUUUUUUUUUCAAAAUCUUUAGGGCCUUAAACACGUGGACAUUUUCUGUACAGUUUCUGUAAAAAACACAAUUUCGUUAUGAAAGAAGGGUACUUGACUACUAAAAUGUUAGCAUAUCUUGAUUUGCUCAAUUUCUGGUAUUUAUACAAUUUGAAACAUGUCCAGAUUUCUUUGUAGAUAUUGCUUAACAUCAUUUAUAGUGUGCUUUUCUUGCUGAAACUUUGCCUGAGACUUGUGUUAGUAGUCAAUUUCCUCUGGCUUGUUGAAGGAGGCUCCGUGAACUCAGUGUCAAGUAACAUCAUAGUGAACAUCAAAGUGAAAAAAAUAUUAUCAAAGUUCACAUUUAAAUAUCAAUAUUUUUUAACAUUUUUCAAGAUGAUUGAAGAAUAGCUAACGAUGUACCACAUAAGAAGUAAUGACCACUCGAAAUGAGACAGAAAAUGGCAUCUAAUGUAUUUCUCUCUAUGUUUAUUCGAUUAUGAUUUUUUAGCUCGACUAUUCAUAGAAUAGUAGAGCUAUUGGACUCGCCCAUGCGUCGGCGUCCGCGUCCGCGUCGGCGUCUGCGUCGGCGUCCGCGUCCGCGUCCCGAUUUGGUUAAGUUUUUGUAUGUAAGCUGGUAUCUCAGCAACCACUUGUGGGAAUGGAUUGAAACUUCACACACUUAUUCACUGUGAUAAACUGACUUACAUUGCACAGGUUCCAUAACUCUGUUUUGCUUUUUUACAAAAUUAUGCCCCUUUUUUGACUUAGAAAUUUUUGGUUAAGGUUUUGUAUGUAAGCUGGUAUCUCAGUAACCACUUGUGGGAAUGGAUUGAAACUUCACACACUUAUUUACUGUGAUAAACUGACUUACAUUGCACAGGUUCCAUAAUUUUAUUUUGCUUUUUUACAAAAUUAUGCCCCUUUUUCGACUUAGAAUUUUUUGGUUAAGGUUUUGUAUGUAAGCUGGUAUCUCAGUACUCACUAAUGGGAAUGGAUUGAAACUUCACACACUUGUUCACUGUCAUGAUCUGACAUGCACAAAGCAGGUCCCAUAACUUUAUUUUGCUUUUUUACAAAAUUAUGCCCCUUUUUCAACAUAGAAAUUUUUGGUUAAGUUUUUGUAUGUAAGCUGGUAUCUCAGUAUCCACUAAUGGGAAAGGAUUGAAACUUCACACACUAGUUCACUGUCAUGAUAUGACAUGCAGUGCAAAGGAUCAAUAACUCAACUUUGCUUUUUACAAAAUUAUGCCGCUUUUUCAACUUAGGAGUUUUUGGGUUAAAUUCUUAUAUGUAAGCUGGUAUCUCAGUACCCACUAAUGGGAAUGGAUUGAAACUUCAUACACUUGUCCACUGUCAUGAGCUGAUAAGCACUUUGCAGGUUCCAUAACCCUAUUUUACUUUUUUACUAAAUUAUGCCCCUUUUUCGACUUUCUUAUUCAUUCAAGCGACAAGGCUGUUAAAUAGUCGAGCGUUGCUGUCCUCCGACAGCUCUUGUUACUUUAUCUUGAACAAACUUUCAUUCAUACACACAUCCACUGACAAGUACAUUUCGAAAAUUAUAUAGUUUGUACGGUAUUUCUUGAUUUAUUUACCUGCUUGUGCCACUCUGAGCUAAACUGUAAUAUUUUCGCAUGCAGUAGUAGUUUGCAUAUUACUGCAAUAUCUGUUUUAGAACUAUUUUUAUUUAUUACCUCUCUUUACAGGACUGAAUAUACAUACAUUAGAAUAGGGUAACAUUUUCUUCUCAUUAUGUGCCAGAAAUUUCUACUUGUAGUUGGAUGUUGAAAUCAUUUAUACCUUCUUCUCUCAUCAUGCCAUCUUGUUGACCCUAUGCAGCUAUUUUCUAUCGAAAAGUUCAUGUAGAUUUGGGAGGAAAAUUGCUGAUGAAAAUGAAAAAAACAAUGACAGAAGUCGUCCACUGCUAGUAUUUGAAUUGGAUAUGAGAUUAAUUACCAUUCAUAUAAAAGUGGGCAUAGAUUUGCACUCUGCAGUAUAUUCUGGUUUCAGGAUUUCAAUUAAAAAUCUAGAAUUCCAAGUCUGAAAAUAUAAACCCAUUUUUAACUAGAUUUCACCAGUACUUUAGCUCCUGAUUAUAAUUUUAUUCAUCCAGCUGGUUUAUGGAAGGCCAGUGGUUCUUCCCGCGUGCUUGCCAAUGAUGAAAUAAUGCUUGGAGGGGCACUUUUGGUCUUCUGCCCCCAUGAAAAGCUGAUAAAGUCACCAUAUGAUAUAGAAUUUUAAUUAUGUGAUGUUAAAACCAACCAAAAAGCAUCGUAUUCAAGAUGAUAGAUUUAACCCUUAUUCAAGUCUAUCUAGCUAAUUUUUUCAAGUUGAUCUGGUAUAAUUGGCAGUCGUAAGAAAAGAUUAUGUCUGAUUUUUAAAUACGUACAUUUUUCAUUUUAUUUAAUGUUCUUAUAUUCUACAUGUUUAUAUUGACCAUUACACAUUCAAUGCAAACAUAUAUAUGUUAUCAUGUUCUUCAUACAUAUAUUCAUUAUUACACAUUUUUAUUACAUAUGUGUUUACACAUUAGAAAGGACCAUUCAGCUAAAUUGUUCUUUUUUUCAAGAUGUUCAAGUCAUAUUUUUUAUAUAAAUUUGUAGGAGUAAAUUGAAUUAUAAAUAUACAUACUUGUUACGAUUUAAGGACAGGAAAGAAUUAAUUUAUUGAAAUUUGUAAAUCUCUGAAGUUAAAAAGUUCAGCCAGAUGGUUCCUAUAAUGUGUAGACACUCGUAUUGUAUAUUUUACCGGUUUAUAUAUUAUGUAUCAGAUAUAUAGGCAUUCCAUAUAUAUUUUUAUAUUCUUUAUGUAGACAUUCCAUAACUGCAUUUAUCGCCAAGAUAUUUUAAAUGUUUUUAAGAGGGAAAGGCAUCGUUGUUGUAGUUGGUCUUCUUUCUGCAAUGUCUUCUUAAAUCAUUCAAGGCAGUGAAAGAAUUUUCAAAAUCGGCUUAGUAAUGAGACGAUUAUUGUCACUUCAGUAUUUUAAUAGUUAUGGCAGCCAUUUUGUUUCCUGUAAAUGUAAAACAAAGAGAUUUAAUUCAUUUUGAGAUAUCUAUUUGAAUUAUAUGAUCCUUCAUACUGUCAAAUGAUUUCUCUACUUUUCCAGCUAGAAUAAACGACAUUAUCAUGUUUAACAUGUUCAACUUUAGCACUUAAUCAAAGUGUAUUUUCUUAAUAUAGAAGUAAGCGGUAUGUAAGUGACAUCAUAAACACACUAAAAUGGCUGCCUCCAUGGUUAGCCAUUUUCAUAGAUUUCAAAAUCUCAAUAGUUGUCAGAUUUUAAACAUUCCUCAGUGUUAUGAAUGGUUGAACAAUGAUUUUCAUACAAAAUCAACUUAUAUUAAGGCAUGCCUUCCCCUUUAAGUUAUAUUUUGACAUAUUAAUUACAUAUUGGAAGUAUGACAUCAUUUGUGACGUCAUUUUAAUAUUUGGUGACACCAUUUUCAAUAAUUCAGCAUUAAUAUAUUCAAUUGUAUUCAAGUGAAAACACAAAAUAGCUUUUUUAGAUGCAUGUGUCAUUAAAAAUAUCAUAAGCUUCACACCAAGAAAUAUGUAUUCGGUCUUUCGGAGUUUUAAUGUGCUCAUUACAUCAUGUAAAUUAAUACAUACAUUUGUACAUAAAACUGUUGCUAAGAUAUAUUUGUCAGGGAAAAAACAUCUUAGUCGAAAAAACAUUUUGGUAUUAAAAGAUCAUACUUCAAAAUUUCAUUAACAUGAUAAAAUGUGCAGCAUGUGAGAAUUGAUAACAAAGUUCUUGAAAAAAUGGUGAAAAAAUAAUGAUGAAAUUUUUUGUAUUUGGGAUGUUCUGUUUAUAAAAAUUGACUUUUCUAGAUAUCUCUGAUUUUGUUUUCCAGAAAUAUAGUUCUGAAUAUAUGGAAAAAAAUGAUAAUGCUGAAUAAAAAAAGGUUGUAAAUGCAGAUCCAUUUCAGAUGUUGAAUGUAGCUAUGGAAUCUUGUUUUUAUUAGCUCGACUAUUCGAAGAAUAAGUAGAGCUAUCCUACUCACCACGGCGUCGGCGUCGGCGUCACACCUUGGUUAAGUUUUUCGUACCAGUCCACAUUUUGACAAAGUCUUUUGAGAUAAAGCUUUGAAACUUUCAACACUUGUUUACCAUCACCAUGGCCAGUUAUAGGCAAGAGUACAUAACUCCAUCAGGGAUUUUGGCUGAAUUAUGGCCCCUUUUGACUUAGAAAUCAUGGUUAAGUUUUUCGUACCAGUUCAUAUUUUGACAAAGUCUUUUGAGAUAAAGCUUUGAAACUUUCAACACUUGUUUAUCAUCACCAUGUCCAGUUAUAGGCAAGAGUACAUAACUCUGUCAAGGAUUUUGGCUGAAUUAUGGCCCCUUUCGACUUAGAAAUUUUCGUACCAGUUCAUAUUUUGACAAAGUCUUUUGAGAUAAAGCUUUGAAACUUUCAACACUUGUUUACCAUAGCCAUGUCCAGUUAUAGGCAAGAGCACAUUACUCCAUCAAGGAUUUUGGCUGAAUUAUGGCCCUUUUUGACUUAGAAAUCUGGGUUAAGUUUUUCGUACCAGUUCAUAUUUUGACAAAGUCUUUGAAGACAAAGCUUUGAAACUUUCAACACCUGUUUACCAUCACCAUGUCCAGUUAUAGGCAAGAGUACAUAACUUCAUCAAGGAUUUUGGCUGAAUUAUGGCCCCUUUUGACUUAGAAAUCUUGGUUAAGUUUUUCGUACCAGUUUAUAUUUUGUGUAAAGUGUUUGACAUAUGGCUUUGAAACUUUAAUCACUUAUUCAGUAUAAUAGUCUCUAUCUGUAGGAAAGAGUACAUAACUCUGUCAUAUAUUUUGGCUUAAUUAUUGCCCUUUUUGGACUUGCAAAAUUGGUUCUGAUUUCAUACAAGUCCACGUUUUGUCAGAACUAUUUGACAUAUGGCUUUUAAACUUUGAACACUUGUUUAUCAUCAUGAUUUCCAUCUGUAGGGAAGUGUACAUAACUCUGACAACUAUUUUGGCUGAAUAAUGGCCCUUUUUGGAUUUUGAAAUUUGUUCACACAUUGCCAUUUAGUGCAGGACUUAUCAAAAUCCACAAAUAUGGGAACAUUGUUUGUCUAAUGUAUUUUUUUCUUUUGUCUGAAUAUCUGUAGAAAUAUUUUGACCCCAUUCUUCAAUCAAUUCUUCGAAUAGUCGAGCGCGCUGUCAUCCGACAGCUCUUGUUUAAUGUGUUAUAGGUAUGGCUGUAGCUGAUUUUUUAUAUAGUUUAUUAAGUGCAUACGUAAUUAUGUGUUUUUAGUUUGCUUUAGAAUCAGUUUAAGCUAAAUAAAUGUUUAAAAAUA